AUGGUCGAAGCACGCAAGACCUGUCAACUAGCUCAGUUACAACAGUUGUUUGAGAAGCACCAUGUCAAGCCAGGUCACGAAAUUAUCUGGUAUAGGGAUUCCAAAGGAGAUGGUGCUCCUACGACAGCUAUGCUCUUUGAAGCAGCCAUUUCUCAUGGGCAACAAUCCACCGUCCGACACCUGCGCUGGAUAUAUCCUGACUUCGACUUCAGAGAACUCUGCACGGUCAGAACGCUUGCUAAGACGGGAGAUCUUGAUAUGCUCAAGCUGAUCUAUUCCUACUCCCAUAACGUUGUCAGGUUUGAGUUUGACGAUCACAUGACGUCCAUGCUAAGCUUGACUAUUGAAGAGGGUCCUCAGAAUGCGUCUUCAUGCUCUUCCUUCUAG